AUGGAGGGCUCUGAGACGGUGGGAUUAUGGGCAGAUAUCUCCAUCUGCGUCAUCUCAAACAUACACUGCACCAACCAGACCAACGUGACCAACUCCAGCACAAUGGCAGGCAUCAUCCUGUCUCCGUAUUACCAGCACUCACUGCCGACGGCUGCGCUGUUCACGCUGGCCUAUCUGUUCAUCUUCCUGCUGUGCCUGAUGGGGAACGCUCUGGUGUGUGUGAUAGUCCUGAGGAACCGGCACAUGAGGACCGUGACUAACAUCUUCAUCCUCAAUCUGGCUGUCAGUGACCUGCUGGUCGGCAUCUUCUGCAUUCCCACAACAUUAGUGGACAACCUCAUAACAGGUUGGCCUUUCAGCAACACUGUAUGCAAACUGAGUGGUCUGGUGCAGGGAAUGUCAGUCUCCGCAUCCGUUUUUACAUUGGUCGCCAUUGCUGUGGACAGGUUUCGCUGCAUCGUUUACCCGUUCAAGCCCAAACUUACGCUCUUCAUCGCCAAAGUCUCAAUAGGCACGAUCUGGCUUCUCGCCCUCACCAUAAUGUUUCCAUCGGUCCUAAUGCUAACCGUCGAGCAAGAAAAAGCACACUUCAUGAUAUACAAUGAUGACUACAACAACACAUACCCACUAUACUCCUGCUACGAGACCUGGCCAGACCCCGAAAUGAGGAAAAUCUACACCACAGUGCUGUUCAUACACAUAUACGUGAUCCCGCUAGCGCUCAUCAUGCUAAUGUACGGACGCAUCGGCGCUAAGCUGUACUCCGCAGCUGUCAGCGAGCAUGCUAAUGCGCAGGGAAAGAGGAAAAUCCGCGUGGUGAAGAUGCUAAUUAUGGUGGCGCUGCUUUUCAUGCUAUCCUGGCUGCCGCUCUGGACGCUCAUGAUGCUAACUGAUUACGGACAUCCAGACGACGACAGUUUGGAGAUCUUAACCAGCUACGUAUUCCCUCUCUCCCAUUGGCUGGCGUUCUCCAAUUCCAGCGUCAAUCCCAUCAUCUACGGCUACUUCAAUGAGAACUUUAAGAGAGGUUUUCAGGCGGUGUUUCAGCGGCAGGCUUGUUUUCGGGGCCGACGGAAAAUACGCUUUAGAGUCAAACGCCCCCGUCAGGGCUGCAGCCCACUGAAUACUGGCGUUCUGGGCAGCAAAACGAACCGUAUCUUCACGGAGAGCGAUCUGACAGGGUGUGUUCGGCUGGAGCUGGAGCACCGGAGGGUGUCGAUUAUCGAAAAUAAGGCCGAAGGGGGAAACUCUGGCUCGUCAGCGAGAAGAGAAAUCCACUUUGAAGAGAUUGAAAAGGUGUCUUCUGUGGGAGGUAAAAUAUACAACGCGUGGGAGCUUUGA